AUGUGGAUGGAAAUGACUUCGGAUAACGAGAAAUCUUGCAGACCAUCCUUUAUUGCUGGUGUUGAGGUACCUCAAAGAGCAGGACCAGUAGAUGUGGAAGAUAUUAAAACAGAUCUCUCUACUGAAUUUUCUUCAGUUUCUUCAAGCUCAGACACAAGCUGGAGGAGCGCUUUGGAGCCUAAGGGACACAUACAAGUUUGUCUGCGUGUUAAACCAUCUACAGCAUUGGAAAGAGAAAAUGAAUUGCAGGACUGUGUUUCAAUGGAAGACUCGACAAGGAUCAUACUGAAGCCUCCCCAAAACUCUUUGAGUCGACUGAGUGAAAAAAAUGCUGGACAGAUGAUGCAGAAGUUCACUUUUUCACAAGUGUUUGGACCUGAAACAACUCAAGAAGAAUUCUUUGAAGGUGCCGUGAAGCAACCUGUGCAAGAUUUCUUGGAUGGCUAUAAUCGUCUUAUUUUUACCUAUGGUGUUACAAAUGCUGGAAAAACCUACACAUUCCAAGGGUCAGAAGAUGACCUUGGUAUUCUGCCAAGGACUAUGGAUAUGUUGUUUAAAAGUCUUGAGGGAAAGCUCUACACAGCAAUGGAUCUCAAACCCUAUCGGUGCAGAGAGUAUUUAAAGCUGACUAAAGACCAAGUGAGAGAAGAAACUGCUAUUAAAAAUUCAAUGCUUUGCUCAACAAAAGAGUUAGGGGAGCACUUCUUUCUAUACUGA